AUGGAUAUCAUUACCGCUUUUAUUGCUAUAGCAGUAAUUUAUGGAAUAUUGUUAUUCUUUGACAGUUUUUUUAAGACAUGUGCUCAUUACCCAUAUUAUCAGUUCUUGGAAGGAACAGGAUUUAAAAUAAAAUUUCUAACCAUCACCUGGCAAACCAAAGCUUUUAACAGAACAUUAAUAAGAUUGGGCACCAGUAAUCCUCAUUUCUUGAAUAUAUGGUUUAGCUUGGGUCUCCACAUAAGCCUGAUACUUUUGCCAGUCUCAGUUGCUAUGUUACUUUACAGCAUAUCCCAAAAUUUUGUUGAUAGUGAUAAAACAGAUACAAGAUUUGUGAUUGAACCAGUAGUACCAGGGGUAAAUUUACCAGCUUCAGAGCUGGGAUAUUAUGGUGCUACUCUGAUUGUAGCCAGUGUUGUCCAUGAAUUAGGGCAUGCUCUAGCUGCUGUAAUUGAAGAUGUAAGUGUAUUGGAAGUUGGUGCAAGUAUAUUUUUCGUACUUCCUGUUGCCUAUGUAAAUUUAGCUACAGAUAAACUAUUUACAAUAGAGAGGAAAAAAACACUUCAAAUACUUUGUGCAGGUGUUUGGCACAAUGUUGUUCUUUCAGCAGCUGCUUUUGUUCUUUAUUUAACACUGCCAAUAUUAUUUAGCAGCACAUUUUAUGUUAAUAAAGGAAUAUCAGUUACAGAGAUUGCAAAGAAUUCUCCUAUUAUGGGUGCUAAAGGAUUAUCAGUAGGAGAUGUGGUUUUUAAAAUAAAUGAUUGUAAAGUAACAGAUGAAAAUAGUUGGUACGAAUGUUUUGGAGAAAUAAAAAAGCAUCAGAUGGCACUUUGUGUCGAUACAGAUUUAAUACAUAAUUUAGAUGAAAGUAUACCACUGAAGCAUUCUGAAAAUGGAAAUUUGGACUGCUGUGAUGGUACUAAGUUUGAAAAUAUAUGUUUUGAAUAUUUGGAUAGUAAUGAUGGAAUAUUAGAAUUGCCAAGCCAUGCCUGUUUGCCUGCUCGAAAGGUUGUUGAAGAGUCUCACCAUAUUUGUACUACCAUUCCUCAUUCUUGUCCAUCAAAUACUUACUGUUUCAGACCAAUGCCUGGAAAUUAUACAUAUUUAAUUAAGCUUACUUGUAAAAGUAAAAUUGUUAUAUAUUUAGGACAUCCUGGAGAUAUAUACAGGACAGUAGAAGUUUCUUCAUAUAUACCUAAAUUUUUUUUUACUACUCCAACAUUGCCAGAUACAAUAACUAAAUUUACAAAGUAUUUAACUAUAAUAUCUUUGGGAUUAGCAAUAGUUAACAUAGUACCAUUUAUGUACAUGGAUGGGCAUUACAUAUUAGAAGUGUUGGGCUAUAUGUUGCUAAGGAAGAAAUUAGGAAAAAUUAAGUAUAAAGUGGCAGUAGCUGUAAUAACAGCCUUCUUUACAAUAAUACUUGCCCUUCAUUGUUUUAUGUUCCUGUAUAGGAAUAUUUUUAUUUAA